UGUGUUUCUAACGAUUUAUAGUGAUGCAGGAUGAGUCAGGAAAAAUUCGAAUGAAACCUCGUGAUCCUCGUCGUAUUCUCCAUGGAAAUACAGUCCAACGAAGUGGGAACUUGGGAUCUGAGCAAUCCAAAACAAAUGGAACCAUUGCAUCAGGCACCGAGGCAGAGACAAAGAUAAAACAGUCUCACGUAGUUCCACCACCAGAUAUCUCCCGACAAUUCACCAAGAAUCUGAAAAAUAUUGCCGAUCUUAUUUCUGUUCCUCAAGCUGUUAAUGUUCCACCAGUGUCUCAAACUCUACCUUCCCAACCAGUACAAAUGAAGGCUGGCAGAGAGACAAAAGUUGAAGUUUCAAGUCCUGAUGACCAACGAAUGGGCACUUGUUUGAUGCCUGAAGUAUCUGGUGUUCAUUCCCAAAACACUUGGGGAGAUUUUGAACAUCUUUUUGAAGGAUUUGACGACCAACAGAAGGCUGCUAUCCACCGAGAGAGGGCUAGGAGGAUAGAAGAACAAAAGAAAAUGUUUGCUGCCCGCAAAUUAUGUCUUGUCUUGGAUUUAGAUCACACCCUUCUUAAUUCAGCCAAGUUUAAUGAAGUAGACCCAGUGCAUGAUGAGAUUCUGAGAAAGAAAGAAGAACAGGAUCGUGAAAAACCCCAAAGACAUCUGUUUCGAUUUCCUUAUAUGGGAAUGUGGACCAAAUUGCGCCCUGGAAUCUGGAAUUUUUUGGAGAAGGCUAGUAAGCUGUAUGAGCUGCAUCUUUAUACAAUGGGAAACAAGCUCUACGCUACAGAGAUGGCAAAAGUGCUUGAUCCGAAAGGCAUUCUGUUUGCUGGACGAGUUAUUUCUAGAGGUGAUGAUGGAGAUCCCUUUGAUGGCGAUGAGAGGGUCCCCAAGAGCAAGGAUCUGGAAGGAGUUUUAGGAAUGGAAUCAGCUGUGGUGAUAAUAGAUGACUCUGUACGAGUCUGGCCUCAUAACAAACUGAAUUUGAUAGUUGUAGAAAGGUAUACUUACUUCCCCUGUAGUAGACGCCAAUUUGGGCUUCCGGGUCCUUCACUUCUUGAGAUUGACCAUGAUGAAAGACCAGAGGAUGGGACUCUGGCAUCUUCUUUGGCGGUUAUUGAGAGAAUACAUCAAAUUUUUUUCUCCCAUCCUUCUUUGGAUGAUGUGGAUGUUAGAAACAUCCUAGCUGCAGAGCAACGAAAAAUUUUGUCUGGUUGUAGAAUAGUAUUUAGCAGGGUCUUCCCAGUUGGCGAAGCCAAUCCUCACCUGCAUCCAUUAUGGCAGACAGCUGAACAAUUUGGUGCCGUGUGUACGAACCAAAUAGACGAGCAUGUUACUCAUGUAGUAGCCAAUUCACUGGGGACUGAUAAGGUGAAUUGGGCUCUAUCCACAGGAAGAUUUGUUGUUAAUCCUGGCUG